AAUACACCAGGGCAUUACAUAAAAUACACAGAUUUAAAUGGCAGUUGAAAUCUGAAAUCUAAAACUUGCUUGUCAUUACCUGCACUUUUUAUGCUACAGUGGGUGGCAAACGCCAGAAAACCCCUCAUUUGCUCCACGAUACCAUGAUAUGCACCAGCACCUGAUGCAGAAAUAGAUCACUCCCUAAUCUUGCACAGAUGCACUGGUUCUACAGCAACACGUAAAGGUGCAGUCUGUUUUAUGUUGUGAAAGGGGGGAAAAAAAUUCUAGACGUACAAUCAUGACACAUAUCUGAAAGAUAAUCACUGACAGUUGUUCCUUGUGUUCUGAGUAUGUUGUUUUAUGUUUGAGGUGUUGUUCAGAAUUUAGAGGGCAUAAAACUGGCUGAAACAGAGAAACAAAAUAUGAGAGGUGGAAAGUGCAGUGCUUUUAGAGUUACAGCAUCUUCAUAGAUCCAGAGACAUUUUCAUUUUUGAUAACUUAUCCCCUACAGAGCGCCUAAGGGUUGUAAGGUUUAUAGCAACCACUGAGUGAACAUUUCUCACUAAUGCAAACUGACCUUUAAAAACGCCCGCGGGAAUACCUGACCAUCGGUGACCGAAUCGCUGGGAUUUUUCGAAGCCACGCCAGCGUACCCUAAGGCUUUCGCAUUUGUAUAAAAAGGGUCAGUGUCCGUCUUCUCAUCACUCCUUAGCAGCUCUGCCUCAACUCACAAUGGCAACAACCUACUCCAGCCGUGUGUCCAUGUCCUCCGGAUCAUCCACCGCAGGGGGUUUGUCUGGGCUCUCCCUGUCCGGAGGUGGAUCUCGUAUGAGCGUCAUGCGGGCUGGUAGUGUCUACGGUGGUGCAGGAGGAUCCGGAGUUCGCAUCUCCAGCGCUUUCGGAGCAGGCGGUGGCGGUGGCGCAGGGUUCGGGUUCGCUGCUGGCGGUGGUGGUGGCGGCGGUUUCAGCCUGGCCGCUGGUGGCGGAGCUUCCGAGGCCGUCAUUGGCAACGGGAAAUUCACCAUGCAGAACCUGAACGACCGUCUGGCCUCCUACCUGGCCAAGGUGCACACCCUGGAGAAGGCCAACGCCGAGCUGGAGCUGAAGAUCGGACAGUUUCUGGCGGCUAAGAUCGCCCCAGCCAGCCAUGACUUCUCUGGCUUCAUGGUCACCAUCGGCGACCUCCAGGCCAAGAUUAUGGCCAUCAUCAGUGUUAAAGGAGGAGCUGUACUGAGUAUUGACAACGCCAAACUGGCUGCCGAUGACUAUAGAGUCAAAUAUGAGGCAGAGCUGGCCAUGCGCCUCUCUGUUGAGGCUGACAUCGCUGGACUCAGGAGGGUGCUGGAUGACCUCACCCUCUCCAAAUCCGACCUGGCCAUGCAGAUCACAGGCAUCCAGGAGGAGGUCGCCUUCCUGAAGAAGAACCACCAGGAGGAUCUCCUGGUUCUUCGGGGACAAAUCGGCGGCGCAGUAAACGUGGAGGUGGACGCUGCUCCUCAGGAUGACCUCACUAUCGUCCUGGCCGGCAUCCGUGAGCACUACGAGGCUGUGGCCACCAAGAACAGAAAGGAGCUGGAGGUCUGGUUCCAGGCAAAGACCGAAGCGCUCAGCAAAGAAGUCCUGACAAGCACAGCCACCCUCCAGACGUCCACAUCAGAAGUCACAUCCAUCAGGACCACUGCACAGGCACUCCAGAUCGAGCUCCAAGGCCUCAUCAGCAUGAAAGCGUCCAUGGAAGCCACUCUGGCUGAGACACAGACCCGCUAUGCUGGCAUGCUGGCCAGCUUCCAGAUGCAGGUGAGCAGCUUGGAGGAGCAGCUUGGCGCUCUCCGUGGAGGCCUUGAGCACCAGGGCCACGAAUACGCACUCCUGCUCGACAUCAAGACCAGACUGGAGCUGGAGAUCGCCGAAUACAGUAGACUGCUCGGCGGUGGCGCAUACGCUCACAGUCACAUCUCGAGCGCGUCGACUAUUUCAGCGUCGACUGUGUCAGCAGCGGCUGUGUCAGCAGUGAUUGAGUCAGCGGCAGUGGCAGCAGCCUCGUCCACGUCCACCACUAGAACCAGAGUGGUGACAGUGACUGAAGAGGUGGUUGAUGGACAGGUGGUGUCUUCUUCCACUUCCUCCUCCGUCAUCGGUUCCUAAGGAGGUGCCGUCACUAAAGUGGAACCCCUGACCCACGACUUACCUGUUGCUGAUUCACCUGAGCACAAGGCAGGUUUAACCCUGCAGUUUGCCACAGGUCAUCUGUGAUAUCAAGUCACAAAAACUUCCAAUAAAGCAAGAGUCCACUAAAA